AAUCAUUAACCAUACAACAUGGCUGAGAAAGAGACAGAUGCGCAGACUUAUGCGAAAGCUUUGACAAGUUUUGUUGAAAAUGGAAAAGGACUAUUGGAACUUGCUGAAAAGGAGAGCAAAGAGGGACUUCUGCAAGACUACAUCAAGAAGAAGAUCCGUAUUGAACUGGACCAAUCACUACUGGGACUUAUUCCAGCAGGGGCAAGGUUAUUCACAAGCAUGUCAGUGAAGAAGAAAAAGGACGCUGAUGAACUAUGGAAGAGAAGCUACCAAUGUGCUGAAAUGCAGGAUGCUGUUGAGGACUUCUUGCAGCUGGGAGUGCAGUGGGAUAGUUUUCUGGAGUACUUGGACAAAGAGCUACAUCUGGGUGAUAGAAUCUUUGGUCAAGAGCCACAAGUAAAAUGCCUGUCGCCUGACAUACCCCUCAUUGAUGCCCAGACUGGAGCAACUCUGACGUUAGGGAAGUACCUUGGGAGAGGUGAGAAAGUGCUACUUGUGUUGAUCCGUCAGUUCUCCUGCCUCCUCUGUCGAAUCCAUCUGAAAGAUCUGGAGGCCCAUAAGAUUGCCCUGGAUGCAUGUUCAGUGCAAGUGGUGGUGGUGUCAUUUGGCUGCAGAGAGGGGGCGUUGCAUUGGCUGGCAGAGACAGGUUGCCAGUAUGACAUGGUGUUAGACCCACACAGGAAGGUGUACAGCGCUUUUGGCUUGAGAGCAUCUCUAAAGAAAGUGUUGAAUUUCAACAACAUGCUCCUCUACGCUGAAUACGUUGUGGCAAACCUGGAGUUUCCAAGAGGUCUGCCGUCUAUAGAAGAUGAUAUGUUUCAGCUUGGAGGAGACUUUGUCCUGGAUGACCAGGGGAGGGUGCUGUUCUCUCACUGCUGUGACAGCCCUAUAGACAGACCUGCUGUAGAGGACAUACUGAAAGCCCUAUAGAAUGACCUGCAGUAGAGGACAUGCUGUGUGCCAUUCAGAAGGGAUACCCAAACCUGUCAGGUUCAACAUUAUGUAAAAAAAAAAAACAAGCAGACCCCAUCUCAUCUGAUACAGAAAUGGUUUUAUCACAGGGAGAUAUCAGCUAUAGACAAUUGCCCUCAAAUUCUUUCCCCCUCUAAUCACUGAUUUAGACCUGGGACACCAGGUGGGUGAAAUGAAUUAUCAGGUUGUAGAACAGAUAACCAGCAGUACUCCGGUCAACCAUAGGGUAAGAUUUGAAUACCUCUGGACUGAGAUUAUAUUAGCCGCUCUCUUUCAAUAGCUGCUGUACAACUCUGGCACGGGAGACUAUAGUCCAGGGGUAUUCAAUCUUGCCCUACGAGGUUACUUCUGGUUUUCUGUCCUACUAAUUGCACCCACCUCCUGUCCAAGGUCUAAAUCUGUUCCUGAUUAGAGGGGGGAAGAAUUUGAGGGCAAUAGUCUAUAGUGAUAAAACCAUUUCCACCAUUUUCUUAAAAAACAGUGGAACUGGCUUCAAGUUCCAUAUUUGAAUUUGAAGCAAAUCUUACAUGCAUGCUCUAACAGUCUAUUAGAAGACUCUAGCAAAACACUAACAGGUAGUAGCUGAUCAAUCGAGAGAAACCUUAUAUGAUAUUCCCUCAUUUCUUGUGAAUUAUGAUUUUUAUUGGUUUCCAAUGCGAUUUCUUAUUAUUUGCUUGCUGUUGUAGACCUUUUUGAAAGUGUUUCGGCUGGCGUAGAUGUCGGUGAUGUAACCAUAUGCUCUAACUUUGAGCUUAGUUCUUCUACAAACUGGGGCUACAAAAUGUGGUACAAUAAGGUGCAAGCGUGCAGCACAGUUUUGAUGAUGUUGCUUAAAUUCAUGAUUACACGUAACCUACAGCACCAGUAACUAAUAUAUUAUUAAAGGCACUGCAGAAGAGGAGUUCACCUUAUGGACAUUCUUGGAAAGCACCCCAUGUCACUGCAAUAGACACAAAGAGAAAUAGUGUAUUAUUAAGGACCAUAACUUGACUUCUUCACUUUCAAAAGGGCUGACUGCAGCAAAGAUGGUGGAUAAAUGGUCACUCAGGCCAUUUACCGUUGUCUACUUAAGGGGGUGGCUUAAUGAUGAUUAUAUGAUGUAUAUGUAAUUGUAUAUACAUACAAUAAAAUUACCUAGGUCCAUCAGCUCAACAUUCUCAACACUACACUCUAAUGGACAUUUUGUCAAAUGCAACCAGAAAGACCCCUCAAUUUCAAUGACUGUUUUAUUGUCAUCAGAGUCAAAUACAUCAAAAUAAACGCUUUUAAUUUUGGUGAGGUAA